AUGGCGGACGACGCCGGCGCAUCUGCUCCCACGGAGCCCAUGGCCAAUCUACACCUUGACGAAGUCACGGGCGAAAGAGUUUCCAAGUCUGAAUUGAAGAAGCGCCAGAAACAGAGGCAGAAGGAGGAGCAAAAGCGCGAGAAGGAAGCCGCUGCACCUCCCAAGCCUGCCUCGGCCAAGAAGACAAAUGCAGAGGCUGAUGAGAAGGAACUGAGCCCAAAUCAAUAUUUUGAGAUUCGGUCGCGCAGCAUCAACAAGCUGCGGCAAUCCAAGAACCCAAACCCGUAUCCCCACAAGUUCCAUACCAACUAUGAUCUGCGCAAUUUUGUGAAGGACCAUGACUCGUUGAAGUCGGGCGAGGCCAAGAAGGACGUGGAGAUAAGGGUUGGGGGUCGAAUCUACAACAAGCGUGCAUCGGGGAACAAGCUUGUGUUCUACGAUAUCAGGGCUGAGGGAGUCAAGGUCCAGGUUAUGUGCCAGCUUCAGGAAGCCAAGGCCGGUGGUUUGCCAUUCGACCAGCAGCAUGAGCAUCUGCGACGGGGUGAUAUUAUCGGUAUCGUUGGUCACCCGGGGCGAACUGCGCCAAAGAACAAGAUCGAGAAGGGUGAAGAGGGAGAGCUUUCCAUCUUUGCCACCGAGGUCGUUCUCCUUACUCCAUGCCUGCACCAACUUCCGGAUGAGUACUAUGGGCUGAAGGAUCAGGAGCAGAGACAUCGCAAGAGGUAUCUGGAUUUGAUCAUGAAUGAGCCGACCCGAAACGUCUUCUUGACGAGGUCCAAGAUGGUCACCUACAUCCGCAAAUACUUUGACGAUCAGGACUUUGUUGAAGUCGAAACUCCCGUCCUCAGCUCUAUAGCUGGAGGCGCAACUGCAAAGCCAUUUGUGACUCACCACAACGACCUCAACAUGGAUAUGUUUAUGCGCGUGGCCCCUGAGCUGUAUCUCAAGAUGCUCGUCGUGGGUGGCCUGAACCGGGUAUAUGAAAUGGGACGUCAAUUCCGCAAUGAGGGAAUUGAUUUGACUCACAAUCCAGAGUUCACAACGUGCGAGUUCUACAUGGCCUACGCAGACGUCUACGAUAUCAUGGAUAUGACCGAAGAGCUUGUCUCUGGCCUGGUUAAACAUAUAACUGGCGGCACCGUCACCAAGUUUCACACCCAGCACGGCGAGGAGUACGAAGUGAACUGGGCAGCCCCUUGGAAAAGAGUUGAGAUGAUCCCAGCCCUAGAAGAAGCGACGGGCGAGAAGUUCCCCCCUGGGGACGAGCUGCACACGGAAAAGACCAACGAGUUCUUCAAGCGAGUUCUUAAGAAGAUGAACCUCGAAUGCUCGCCGCCUCUUACCAACGCGCGCAUGCUAGACAAGCUUGUAGGUGAAUACCUCGAAGAGACCUGCGUCAACCCGACCUUCAUCACCGGCCACCCUCAAAUGAUGUCCCCGCUCGCCAAGUACCACCGCAGCAGCCCGGGCCUCUGCGAGCGGUUCGAAGCCUUUGUGUGCAAGAAGGAGAUCAUAAACGCCUAUACCGAGUUGAACGACCCGUUUGAUCAACGCUUGCGUUUCGAAGAGCAGGCACGCCAAAAGGACCAAGGUGACGAUGAGGCGCAGAUGAUCGACGAGAACUUCUGCGAAAGUUUAGAAUUCGGUCUACCGCCCACCGCUGGCUGGGGUAUGGGCAUCGACCGCUUGGUUAUGUUCUUGACGGAUAAUUAUAGCAUUAAAGAGGUGUUAGCAUUCCCAUUCAUGAAGGAAGAUACAAGCCGUAAGAAGGAGAAGCUAGCAGCGGAGGAGGUCGGCAUCCAGCCUAUGAGCGAGGAGGGUAUUCCUCAUAAGUAG